GCACGCGUGUUCGCAAGUGUGAUGGGUCUUGUCCAACUAGUGAAUUAUCUUCUUGAACGCACACUUCGUCUAUAAUUAUAUGACAAAAAUUCUCUGAUAUAGCACUCAUUCUGUAUUAGCAGCUUCCAGAGUUCAAAGCACUUUACAGACGUAUUUGACAAUGUCCGUUCAAUCACUGCUCUCUACCGACUCCGCUUUUGUUGAGGCUCCACGGCCAGACAGACAGGAUACACAAAGUUCUAAAUCCACAGCUACCAACCAAUCCAUCGAAUCAACCAGCCAUCACAUACCUUACUAUCCCUACAAGACUAUCGGUCCCGUAGUCCAUACCCAUUUCACCCGCCCCACGACUACCUACUGGCAAGAAAUAAUUCCCACAUCGUCCGUUGCUUCCCUCCCAUAUUCAACAGCUCCUCCCUAUCAAUACUCUUUUGCUGCACCUCUUACUUCAGAUACAAGUCUGCUUCUUCCUAUUAGACCAUUAGGCGAUACCACAAAUGGCAUUGCUGUUUGUUCAUUGGCAUUGCCGCAUGCUUCGAUGACGGUUGUGAGGGAACUGGCGAGGAUAGUAGCAAAUAAGAUAAGGAAAUUCAACCCGGAGGUGGUGAUGGGAUUGCCGACUGGCGGAUUAGUUUUGGCACCUUUCGUGGCGGAGGAAUUAGGAUUCGAUCGUCACAUCCCCUGGGGUUACUCCAAGAAACCGUGGUAUGGAGACCAACUCACCACCAAGAUAUCGUGUCUUUUCGACAAACCUGGCCAGGGGCCGCCGGUAUAUCUUGAUCCUAAUCUUUUGUCGUUAGUUAAAGGGAAGAGAAUAGCGUUGAUUGAUGACGUGAUUAGUUCGGGGACUACUAUCAGCGCUAUGUUGAAAUUUUUGACGGACAAGGAGAUCGUUGAUGAAGAGGCACAGAGUGGAGUCGCGAAUGAUGAGAUUAGGAAUGAAGCGGGGGAUGGCGAGAUCAGGAAGGGAGGAAUGGGAUUGAAUAUUGUUUGUGUUGGAGUGGGGAUGUUACAGGGAGAUGUGUAUAAGACGGAGUUGAGCGCGGAUGUUGUGAAGGUGACAGUAGGAGCUGUGGAAAGUCCGUUGUUGAAAGCAAUUGAAGGAGGCUGGAUUCAAAGAUGAAGUUUGGCAACGAAUUUUGGGUUAUCGUUAUCGUUGUGGCUGUGGUUAUGUUGUUAGGUGAUGCUGUUGCCGCGCAACAAAGGUGAUGGUGUUACUAAAUGCCUAUUGAUUGGUCCGAAAUGUGGAGGUAAUGGAGGGUCAGUCAUACAGGUGAGCAUUUAGCAUUCAAAAACACAUGUCAUCAACUGUAAGAUCUCAAAUAUCUACCUAUUCUAGAAUAUAGGUAUGAAAAUAUUGCUUAGAUUCAGCCCA